GGUACUUGUCGUACCCGGUGACCUAACGGUGGAGAAAGAAGUCGCAGAAGUGGUGCAGAAGACAGCCAAGCACUUCGGCAAAAUUGAUAUCCUCGUGAACAGUGCUGCAAUUCCUGUGGUAGGAUCUAUUCAAGGUGCCUCGAUGGAAGACUUUAAUAGAGUGUGGGAGACGAACUUUCUCGGUCCGCUCUGCAUGAUCAAAAACGCAGUGCCCUACUUGCGUCAAACGAAAGGUAGCAUCGUGAACAUUUCUACAGUCUCAUCGUUAACGGCGGUACAGACAACCGUGCCGUACUCUGUCGCCAAGGCGGCCCUGGACCACUUGACUCGAUGUGCUGCACUAGAGAAUGCUCCGUACGGUGUGCGCGCGAACACAAUCAACCCGGGGGUCAUCAAGACGCUGAUGAUGCUGAAACCUGGAGUCAGUGUAGAACAACACAUGGAGCAUUUGGAGAAAGCGACCAGUUCUGUGCACCCGCUCGGACGAGUGGCCGCACCAGAAGAAAUCGCUCGCUGCAUCGCCUUCUUGGCGUCCGACGACGCCAGUUUCAUCACGGGGGUCACGAUGCCAGUUGAUGGGGGCGUGCUCCUCACGUCUUCCGUCUCGGGUCCCGCCCCGUCGGCGGCGGCCAAAAAGGCUCCCUAAGAAUCCAAGCACGUAGCCUUGCUUGACGAUACUGGUGGUACUACAAGACGCUCCAAAAAUCAGAGCGGAGUUCCACAAAACUCUCUUGGCGGAAGAAACUCCCCGUACAAUAUUUGACUACAUUUUUUAGAGACCUCGCACUCUUCGAAGGAGUAGGUUUGCUUUCUCGACAGAGCAUACGUUCGCUCAGAUUAGGUCAAAGCGUACUGAACAGGGAGCGCAAAAUUACUCCAAAACGUCGUUCAUUGUUAUAAAGAGGCAGUUUCUAUAGCACUUAAGUAGAUACCGGUAUUCCAUUAAUUCUCGCAACCCAGGAUAAAUGACAGAAUAAUGUUGCAGGUAGUCUAUCCUCUGUUACCUUGGCUAUGGUUUCGGUGUUUUCUUAUAAAUAAAGGCUUGCUUCUCUCUCA